AAAAAAACCCACUCAGCAAAACCCUGGUGCUCGUUCCUCCGCCACACUACGAUUUCCGCCGCAAGAUGUUUCCUUCGCUCCGCCGCUUCUCGCGUAGGAAGUACGGCGAAUCUAGCUGCCGGAGCUAAAACUAGACCUUCACGAUCAACAUUUCGGAUCCCAAAGCAAAAUUCAACUCCUAAUCGCAUAUCCAGAUUGCCGGUGGAGAUGAGUUGCGGCGUGCAAUCGUUGCUUCCUUAUCACACUGCAACAGCUUCCGCGUUGCUCACUUCAAUGCUUUCAGUAUCUCGUCACUCCUACGGUUGGACUCCUGAAGCCAUGGAGUUGGAGCACCCAACGACGAUGUUUCACAACAACUCUAUGACCUUCGAUGAAGUUUCCAUGGAACGCAGCAAGAGCUUCAUCAACUCCUUGCAGGUUCUCUCUCGGAUGAUUCUCACUUUUUCUCUCUCUCUCUUUUUUUUUUCUUGUGAGUUUUUUAAUUUUAUUUUUAUAUUUAUAUAUAUUUUUUUAAGUUCAGAUCUGUAUUUGUUUCAAUUUUUUGGUGGAGUUUGUAUCUGACACAUCUAGUUGUGUAUGUUGACAAUUUAGUUUUGAAAUUGUGAUUUUAUUCAAGCUUAA